AUGCGCAACGAAUCCUCACGGCAGAGCGACGCCCGCUCUCACAACCCCAACCUCAACGUCUACUACUGUCUAUGCGGGGAGUUCGUCCUGGUCUCAGACCGCCCUCUCUCUAGCCUCCCUCUUCGACCGCUCGACAACUCCCGCAUCCUACGCUGUCUCGAUUCCCCGCCAUACUCGAUCACCGGCGCACCGCAAAAGGUGCGCAAGGCGAGGAUCUUCAAGGUCAGCGCUAGUCAGGGUCAAGCCAAGUUCAUCAAGAGGCCCGAUGGGAGCUUGGAGAAGCAGUAUCCGUUUUGCUGCUCAAGAUGCAGUCUCGAGUUGGGGUACGAACAUACGCCGCCACCGUUGAAGAGCGGGGGAAGGUUCACGUUUGUUUUGCCGGGAGCGGUGACCGAGAGGCAGGGUGUACCGCCGACAGACGCGUUCUUGGAGGAUCUACUGGCGCAGGAGGAGCAAGAGGAGAUACCAACAAGCUCGGCAGCUCCAUCCGCAGCCGUCUAA